AUGAAACAAGGAACAGGCCAAGACCUUAGACUAUGGGUCGAAAGUGUUGUUUCAAGAGUAUCAUCUGGAACAGACAUAAACGAGGUGCUUCUGCCCAAUACCAGGAUAAAGAUCUAUGUCUUCUUUGUGAAUGGAAGAGUUUUGUUCAACCUGUCUGAUCUUGCGAGCGUGUUUAAAUGCUUUGGUGUUUGUGCAAGCCCCUCCCAGAUACGUGAAUACAUGAGGUCUGCAGGACAUGUAGAAAAGUUGGAGCGGUUUAAAGAUUUCUUCGGAGAGCAAGGCUUAGAAGUUGUAUGUAGUGAUGCCAUAAACACUAAGGUUCUUGAGAGCAUGGAGUCCUUCAUGUAUGAUGGGAAAAGGCCCCAUCAACUUGAAGGCGUAGACAAAGAGCUUUCUAGCCCCGGGCUUUCUUGCGGAGAGUAUAAGCUUGAGACGCAGAAAAAAGGCUUUGAAGGAUUCCAUAAUGUAAACGAACUAUACCCUUUUAAUUGUCAAUGGACAGAUAGCAUCAUGGACGGUAUACUCAAGAACAUAUACACCAGCGAUGGCAAGAGAGCCGAAAGCAAUAGUAUAAGUAAGGAGAGGUCCGAUUCUACAAAGCCUGGAAGUAGAGGAAGGCACAUGAAAUACAGUGGAAGUCUAAAGGACCGCCCAUUUGUAUGCACAUACAAUGAGUGCAAGCGCGCCUUCAAAAGAUACGAGCAUCUGAAGCGUCACAAUUUGAUGCAUACAGGUGAAAGACCUCAUAAAUGUAAGUUUCCUGGAUGCUCCAAAGCUUUUUCCAGGUCAGAUAACCUAUCUCAGCACUACAAAGUUCAUACCACCACAACUGAGAUGCAUGCAAAGAGCUAUGGAUCUUAUAGAUACUUGAAUAAAGAGUUUAACUAG